GGAGUAGUUGUGUUGCCAAUUUGCCUUUUAGGAUUCAGCCAAGCCCCUGCAGCGGCGUGUUGUUUCUUUUCGCUAAAGUCUCAACUGUUCUUAAAUUUUCUCUCGUUUUCCGAGAAAACACAUGCGCCAAAUUCUUUAACUGAAUCUGUUGUGCAAGCAUAUCUUCUUCUCUUUUGCGUUCUACAUAAAUUAAAAUCGAUCGAUGAGACCAAUUAAACUUCCUGAGCCGCCAAGCCCUACCGGCCAUAUGGGAACUCCUGAUAUCUUCGAAUCUGGAGUUCAUACCUUCGUCAGACGCGCCGUCGUUAUCGGAAACGGUUUCCCCGCAUCGGAGAAUCAGAGUAUUGGAUUGGUUCGCGCACUUGGAUUCUCUGAUAAGUAUUUCUUAUAUCGGGUUACCCGGCCCAAAGGGGGAAUUAAUGAGUGGCUUCAUUGGCUUCCAGUCUCUCUCCAUAAGAAAAUAUAUUAUAUAGUAAGAACGGUUCGCGAUUAUUCCCAUCUUCUGGUUAAAUCUCAACAAAAGACGCCUAUACGUUUACCUUCGGAAAAUGGUGUUAGUGCAGGCUUGUUGGGUGUCUUAGAAGCCAAUGCAACGCAGAUAGUAAAUUUUGCUCAAGAAACUUAUGAAAAGGAGGGACCUUUGUUGGUGGUUGCAUGUGGAAGAGAUACAAUUUCUACUGCAAGUUCCAUAAAACGUUUAGCAUCUGAGAAUGUUUUUGUUGUUCAGAUACAACAUCCAAGAUUGCAUUUAAAUAGGUUUGACAUGGUGAUUGCACCUAAGCAUGACUAUUAUCCUUUGACUCCACAAGGACAGGAACAAGUUCCUCGGCUUAUUCGAAGUUGGAUAACUCCACGCGAUCCUCCGGAUAGUCAUGUGGUUCUCACGACUGGAGCCCUACAUCAAAUAGAUUUCACUUCAAUACGUAGUGCUGCUGCUGCUUGGCAUGAUGAAUUUGCACAUGUUCGCAGGCCUUUGCUUGUUGUCAACAUUGGAGGACCAACAAGUAACUGUCGAUAUGGCGGAGACCUUGCGAAGCAGUUAGUAGCUUCUUUGCUCAGUGUUCUUGCUAGUUGUGGGAGUGUUAGAAUAUCUUUUACAGAAAAGACUCCUCAAAAAGUGAUCAAUAUUAUAGAGAAAGAACUUGGAAAUAAUCCAAAAGUUUAUAUUUGGAAUGGACAAGGACCCAACUUGCAGAUGGGCCAUCUAGCUUGGGGUGAUGCAUUUGUUGUCACAGCAGAUUCAGUUAGUAUGAUAAGUGAAGCUUGCAGCACCGGGAAGCCCGUCUACAUUGUGGGAGCUGAGCGUUGCAAAUGGAAGUUCUCCGAAUUUCACAAAUCAUUGAGAGGCCUGGGAGUUGUUCGGUCUUUUACAGGGUCUGAGGAUAUAUCUGAGAGUUGGAGCUAUCCACCCCUUAACGAUACUGCUGAUGCAGCUAAACGAGUUCGUGAAGCGCUUGCGGCCCGAGGGUGGAAGCUGAAGAUAUAGAAUGCAAUAUGAUGUGGAUACUAUACUUUUUAUCGAAUUUAUUGAUUUUUUUUUAUUAAAAGAGGUUACCAUUCAUUAUUUGAAGUUAUUGCCAAGCAAAAUUCCACAAAUAGGAAAUUCAGAUGAGUGCAAUCUUUACACCAUAGCAAUUUUUGAAAGAUGUAAUGUGUUAAUAUAAGGUUUAACCGAAUGAUUUUGGAGUUUGAAAGAAUGAGGUAAAUAAGAAAAAUAUUUAUAAUA